AUGUUCGCCAAAUCCAAAAGCUUCCUCUUUUCAAUGAGCAAGCUGUUUCAUCAGCAUCAACAAUGGCGAGAAAUGGGAGCAAUGGCGAAAGUGAGAUUGAAAUGGGUGAAGAACAAGAACCUCGAUCACAUCAUUGACACCGAAACCGAUCUCAAAGCAGCUUGCAUUCUCAAAGACGCCAUUAAACGAUCUCCCACCGGUUUCCUCACCGCGAAAUCCGUCGCUGAUUGGCAGAAACUCCUCGGUCUCACCGUCCCUGUUCUUCGCUUCUUGCGCAGGUAUCCGACUCUGUUUCACGAGUUUCCGCACGCUCGUUACGCAAGCUUGCCCUGUUUCAAGCUAACGGAGACAGCGUUAAUGCUCGACUCACAAGAAGAUAUCAUUCAUCAAAGCCACGAGAGUGAUACAGUGGAGAGGUUAUGUAGACUUUUGAUGAUGAUGAGAACGAGAACCGUCUCUCUCAGAUCACUCCACUCUCUCAAGUUCGAUCUCGGCUUACCAGACAACUACGAGAAGACGCUGGUCAUGAGGUACCCUGACCACUUCUGCUUCGUCAAGGCCUCUAACGGAAACCCUUGUCUAAAGCUCGUGACUUGGCGCGACGAGUUCGCCUUCUCGGCUCUGCAGAAGCGAAACGAGAGGGAUGCUGUUACAAGUGAGGAUGGUCUUUACCGUGAGUUCAAGAGAGGACAGUCAGCAUUGACUUUCCCUAUGAGCUUUCCUAGAGGGUAUGGAGCUCAGAAGAAGGUCAAGGCGUGGAUGGAUGAGUUUCAGAAACUUCCUUACAUAUCUCCUUACGACGACGCGAGUAACAUCGACCCUGAGAGCGAUCUCAUGGAGAAACGAGCUGUGGGAGUGUUGCACGAGCUCUUGAGCUUGACCAUCCACAAGAAAACCAAGAGGAACUACUUGAGAAGCAUGAGAGGUGAGCUGAACAUUCCUCAUAAGUUCACUCGGCUCUUCACGCGGUACCCUGGGAUCUUCUACCUUUCGUUGAAGUGUAAGACGACAACUGUGAUUCUCAAAGAAGGGUAUCGUCGUGGAAAGCUAGUGGAUCCGCAUCCUCUCACUCGUCUUAGAGAUAAGUUCUAUCAUGUGAUGAGAACAGGGUUUCUUUACCGGGCUAGAGGGUUAGGCAUGGUCUCUAAGGAGGAACUUUUGCUUGAUAAGGUAGACGAUGAUGGCCCUGAGGAAGAAGGUUCUGAAGAAGAAGAGAUUGUGGAAGGAAGUGAACUUGAAGAGGAUUCAGAAGAUGAAUAGCAUUAGUUGUUCAAAUUCAUAUGUUAUAGACUUGUAUCCUUAUCUGCUGUCAAUUCACGAACAGCAACAAAUUUUACUACACUUUUAUCUUAAGAAAUAGAGUUGAGGAUCUCUGUAACUUAGGCCUGCGGUUUUUGUAAGGGCCUAACCUAACCGAACCGAAAUUUUCAGUUCUUGGUUUGGUUGGGAGUUUUGAGAUUGGUUUAGUUUGGUAGAGUUUUGAAAAAGAUGAUUUGAUGGCGGUUCGGUUUCAAUUUUCACAAGAGAAAAUGUCCUAAAUCAAUCAAAAUUGAUUGAAAUUAACCAAAACUAUCCGAAUUUAACCAAAAUAUUCUAUUUUAUCAGAAAAUUAAAAACCAAAAUUAACCGAAAGCCGAACCAAACAAUUAAAUUGUGACCAAUCUGAAUAAACCAAACCAAAAUAAUAUCUGUAAGCAUAAAGUUGACAAAGGAUAUAAAGAGAGAUUGUAUUUCACCAAGAAAGAUAGUCCACAACAAAGGAAAGUAGGACAAAUUGGAUUCCAAACCAACAAAUGAAUUUGUUAGAAGAAACCAAGAACAAGAUCAAAAUCGGAAACACUACUGUCUAGCCUGAAAACAAAAACAGAGACUCACCUAGAUGACUAUCUUAUUCUGAAUGAGUCAAAAUACAAUGUGCUCUCUUGUGAAUAUAGAA